UUUAUUAGUGCGCGUCAACAAAAGAGGAUGGAACGUACUCGUUUGGCAGGAAAUACUUCGACGAGGAUUCGCUGUGGAAGGUAGGCUCAGAUUGCCUAGCCAGCCGGUUGGAAUUCAUCUUGCAAGGCGGUAAUCCUCGCGCGAGUGUAUCAAGUUUUGUGGAGAACAGGACUGUUGGGAUAGUUGCCAGGCGGAAAGAAGUAGGUGGAUUUUAUGUAACCCAAGAGCCGUAGACUGCAUAAAUGUAGCAUGAGUCUCAGUAAAUCGCUAGCUUCUACAUGCAACUUAUCCGAAUCGCAUUUUCAUCAUGUAAAACCCCUUCCUGGUGUACACUAACGCUUUAUAGAAGUAGCAUGUUACUCUGAAUCGUAACUAUAACUAAAUUAUAGAGCCGUGAAUCAUUGACAGCCAGUGCUGCCCAAAGAGAGUGUAGAAUCGGUGAGCAAUGCCACCCAAACUACUCGACACUGUUGUUCCACAACAACUUAAGUACGAUCCACACGACUUUAGCUCCUCCCCUACGGCCCGUCUUCUGCGGUCCGUCUUCUGCGGUCUGUCUCCCUGCGGACCAGUGUACCGCUGCGCCCCGAACAGAGUAGUGUUCAACAGCCUCACUGCCGCCAAUGCGAUUUACUCCACCGAUCGCAGUAUUCGUAAAAGUGACGGUUACUCAUCACAUCCUUGGACACGGCAGGAAACUCCUAGUCUGUUCAACUGUGUUGACUCCGUUUGGGCAAUCCGAAAGAAGAAGACGUUACGCCCGGCCACGUCACAAUCCGCGUUAGACUUGCAUCACGCGAGUGUGGAUGAAAACGCAGAGGUCUUGGUCAAUAUGUUCAGGGAUGGGCAGCAGCAAGAUCUGAGUGAGAUUGGUUUUCACUACGCCCUAGACGUCAUCUCUCAGUCAGUGUUUGGCGAAAGCUUCAACACGCUGCAGGAUCCGACCAAUCGCUGGAUGACAGCCUCUCUCGAACGCGGCAAUCGACACAUGUAUCUGCAACUAGCAUGGCCUACUCUGUUCCAUGUCCUCGGACUAUUCAUGCGAGUAGAGCUUCUAAGCUAUCCGCAGUUCUUCAAGGAAAGCAAAAUGUUUCUCACUCUGUGCGAGAACUGUAUCAAGCAGGGCAAAGCAAAGCUGAAAAGCUCAAUUUACCAAUUGAUGAAAGCCGAGCUGCCGGAUGAUGUCACUAACGAAGAGCUCGAUGUUGACGUUUACUCAUUCAUGCGAGGCGGCGGAGAUAUGGUAGCAGUGACGAUUGCUGCUGCGUUUUUCUAUAUUCGACAGAAUCCACAGAUCUUACGAGAUCUUCAGCACGAGAUCCGCACAGUUUUUGGCUCGGAAACGCCAACCAGUGGCCCAAAAUUGGACAGCUGCACGUAUCUACGCGCCUGUAUUGAUGAAGCUCUGCGUAUGGCACCUCCGGGUCCUGGAGUUUUCUGGAGAACCUCUUCUUCCCCCCGCGUCAUCGACGGAAUCAGCCUCCCUGCCGGAACCGAAUUCGGAGUCUGUAUCUACGCCCUGCACUACAACGACUCAAUCUUUGAUGAGCCAGAGCGAUACAGACCGGAGCGGAUGAUCAAACAGAAUGCUACUGCGACCAGCGCUCGAGAAGGACUGAUCGCAUUUCUCCGAGGUUUCAGGGCAUGUCCAGCGCAGAAGUUAGCAUAUGCCACUAUAUCACUACCCAUUGCUAGACUUCUGUGGGAUUUUGACCUGAAUUCUAUAGAGCAAGCGUCAAAUACAAAGGCACAGCACAACAAAUUGUUUCCGCAGGUUGAUGUAUUUGGCUCAAACAUCUCAGGACCGGUUAUAUCCUUCAAACCAAAGAAUAGGGAAGAGACGAGAUAGGCAGAUCUUCGAAAAACGUUAUUUAACACAAGAACCAGUGGAGGCAAGUUAUCUAUGUC